GUGAGUAUCGAAGAGAAGAGCGAUCAGAGAGAGAGAAGGGUAGAGGGGAAGGGUCUUCGAUUUCUGAUUCGAAAAUUAAAUAAAAAAAAGAAAACAAAGUUCUGAAAUUUUUGAGGGAGAAUUGGAAUGCAAAUAAUUUUUUAGAGAGAGAAAGAGGAAGAAAUAAGAAGGAAAGACAAAGAGCAAUGGAAGAAGAAGCAACCUGGGUUCCAACGAACAAGUAAUACUUCACAACUAUUACUUUUUUCCCAUUUUUGUUGAGACCCAGAAUUCAAAUCAGUAUUUGGAGCUUAAAUAAGGUGAGCCCAUAAAUUUUGUUGGCUUUACAUAGUCUAAUUUCUCUGAGUUUUUAAGCUUGAAUCUGUGUUGUGCUUUGGAAUUUCAUGAAAAAGAUUUGAACUUGAAUUGGGAAACUUCAAGGUUGAAUCUUUUGAUAAAAGGUGGCAUUUUCAGUUUAUCUUGUGGUUUUGUGGGAAUUAUUGGUAGUUUCUAGUUAAUUGGAAUUGGGAAUUAAAUUUGUGGGUUUUGCUUGAAGUUGGAGGGAGGCAUCUUCGGUGGGGGUUUUGAGUGGAAAAAAGGGAGGGUCUGUUUGGUUUUGAGUUGGGUGGAAUUGGAAUUUGAAAUAUUGCGGUAUUGGGUUUUUGGAGGGAGAGUUAGUUAAGUUGGGGGAAUUGGGAUCUCAGGAUGUCAACCCAAUCCCACCAAUUGUUGUACAAUUCAAAGUUUGGGUUUUGGAGGUGGGUAUUGGUUUGGCAUUGUUGGGUUUGCUUAUAGAGGGUUUAAAUCUUGUUUGGAAGAUGGGUUUUUGAUGUCGGAGUAAAACCCUAAUUUAGUAGUGUAAUUGGGGCGUCUCUGAUUCGUUGUUGUUUGGGAAUUGUAUGAUAUAGUAUACUGUUUCAUUGUUGUUGUUUAUGGAGUUUAAAUGUUGAGGGAAAUGCAUCCGCCACAGCAGCAUUCGCGGAUCAAUCUUGCUGAAUUGAAAGCUCAAAUAGUGAGGAAACUUGGGCCAGAGGGGUCCAAGCAGUACUUCUAUUAUUUGAAUAGGUUAUUGAGUUUGAAGAUUAGCAAGGUUGAGUUUAAUAAGCUUUGUGUAAGGAUUUUAGGCAGAGAAAACAUUCCCCUACAUAAUCAGUUCAUUCGCUCAAUCUUGAAGAAUGCUUGUAGUGCAAAAGUUCCGCCGCCAAGUCAUGACAUUGAUAUUGUGAAGUCCAUUACUGCAGUUGGGAGUAAAGAGACUCCCAAUGAUGGUUACCACCAAAAUGGGUCCCAUAGUGCUGCAGCGCAGGCUUCCAACCUGCAAGGUUUGCCAAAUGGUGACAUGCUACCUUUAUCACCACGAAAGGCCAGGACAGGGUCUCGUGAUCGGAGAGCUGGGGAUCGUCGCAGUGCUCUUGGGCCAAAUGGGAAGACAAACUUUUCUUCUCCGCAAAUAGUAAUUAAAGAUUCGGGUGAUUUUAGUGUUAUCUUGGAGAAUGGGAUCUCUCAUCCACCUGAUCUUCAAGGAUCAGUGCAGCAUCAUCAAGGACUUAUGCAGCAGGUAGAGAAUGUCCAGGAGGCUUCAGCUCUGCAUCCUGUUAAGCUUUCAGCAACAAAGGGGCCACAAGAUGGUCUAGUUUCUCUACAUAGCAAGGACCAGAAUGAAGCGUCAGACAGAGGAGCUGCAAAAGAGAUGCAUGCUAGGAGUCAGUUGCAAGCCCCGCUUGGAGUUCCAUUUCUCCCAGUCAGUGUAGGUGGGGCACGCAGAGCAUUGCCCAUAGCAAGUAGCAGUAAAUUUGUUAGUACUUUCAAUUCUGGUGUCUUGUUGGACAACAUAAAUCUGAGAGAGCGCAUGGAGCAGAUUGCUGCAGCACAGGGCCUUGAAGGGGUCUCGACUGAUUGUGCUAAUUUGUUGAAUAAUGGUUUGGACGUUUAUUUGAAGGGAUUAAUUAGCUCUUGUGUCAAUCUUGUGGCGGCAAGAUCAGGACAUGAACCAAUAAGGAACAAGAAGCAUCAGGCACCUAUGAAGCUUGUUAAUGGUGUCAGGCCUGGUCAUCUUUAUCAGAUGCAGAAUAGCGGUAGGCCAUUAGAAGUCGUGCCUGAGCAUAGACCACAUUGCCCUAUUUCUUUGCAAGACUUUAGGGUUGCCAUGGAGCUGAAUCCGCAGCAGCUUGGUGAAGAUUGGCCCUUGUUGCUGGAGAGAAUUUGUACACAUGCAUUUGAAGAAUAAGUUGUGCACCUGGACUUCAUUAUCACCCAGCUAGACAAGGAUUGGUCGCUGCUGGGUCAAAGGUCAUUCUGUUCUUCAUGGCUUAAAGCACAUCAGUAAAGUGAUGGUUUUCCUUUCAUGGCCUUUUGAACCAGUCUACUGCUCGAGGUAAAACUGUCUCUUAAAAUGAUAGGGACCAGAGCAGGGAAUCCUUGUCUUAUCCUGCCAUGGGCUUGCCAUCGGCCAGAAAAUCCAAUUUUUCAGCAACCAGCGAAAAUGGAUCUGCAGAGGAAGUGCCCCAGAUUUGGUUGCACUGUUGUAUGAUUAGCAUAAAUCUCACUUCAUAUUUUCUGCUCUCUCCUGUAAUUUACAGUUAAUGAGAAAAUUUAGAACAGUUUUGCAGGAAUAAUGUGUAGUGUAGGUACAUUAGCAGAAAGGUGAAAGUGCGUCAUGCAAGAGUUCAUGUGUAUGUAUCUCCAACAUCAAGAUUGAUUGGAAUCUAAUUAACCAAAGUUUUCAAUUUUCACCGAA